GCCGGGGCCGGGGCCCGGGGCGAGCCGGCCGGACUGCUGCUGCUGCUGCUCCAGGUGUUCCCGAGCGGGGUUGAGGGGCCCGGACGACGGGGCGGGCGGGGCCCGGGCAGCGGCGGCGGCAUCGGCGGGCUUGACUCCCCCCCCCGCUCCCCCGGGACGCGCGGCUGCUGCUGCUCCUGCCGCCGCCGCCGCCGCCGCCGCCGCCGCCGCCGCCGAGCUCCGCUCCCGCUGCCUCCGCCUUCCGGAUGGACUCCUUGCCCCGAGGAGGGCUCAGCCUGAAAGAGGAGCCGCUCCCUGCCGGCCUCGGCUCGGUGCGCUCCUGGAUGCAGGGCACUGGAAUCUUGGACGCCACCACCGCAGCGCAGAGUGGUGUGGGCCUGGCUCGGGCUCACUUUGAGAAGCAGCCACCUUCCAAUCUUCGCAAAUCCAACUUCUUCCACUUCGUGUUGGCCAUGUAUGACCGACAGGGACAGCCGGUGGAGAUCGAGCGCACAGCCUUCAUCGACUUUGUGGAAAAAGAGCGGGAACACAGUGGAGAGAAAACCAAUAAUGGCAUCCAUUACCGGCUGCAACUGCUCUACAGCAAUGGGAUCCGCACUGAACAAGACCUGUACGUUCGACUCAUCGAUUCCAUGUCUAAGCAGGCCAUCAUCUACGAGGGGCAGGACAAGAACCCGGAGAUGUGCCGUGUCCUUCUCACCCAUGAGAUCAUGUGCAGCCGCUGCUGUGAUAAGAAGAGUUGUGGCAACCGGAACGAGACGCCAUCUGACCCCGUCAUUAUAGACAGGUUUUUCCUCAAGUUUUUCCUUAAAUGCAACCAGAACUGCCUGAAGAAUGCGGGCAAUCCUAGAGACAUGAGGCGCUUCCAGGUGGUGGUCUCCACGACCGUGAGUGUGGAUGGGCACGUGCUUGCUGUGUCUGACAACAUGUUUGUUCACAACAACUCCAAGCACGGCCGCCGUGCCCGCCGCCUUGACCCUUCAGAAGCAGCCACCCCCUGCAUCAAGGCCAUCAGCCCCAGCGAGGGCUGGACCACAGGGGGAGCCACUGUCAUCGUCAUCGGAGACAACUUCUUCGAUGGUCUCCAGGUCGUCUUUGGAACCAUGCUGGUGUGGAGUGAGCUGAUCACACCCCACGCCAUCCGGGUGCAGACUCCACCGAGGCACAUCCCUGGGGUGGUCGAGGUGACCCUGUCCUACAAGUCCAAGCAGUUCUGCAAAGGGGCCCCUGGCCGCUUCGUCUACACGGCUCUCAAUGAGCCAACCAUCGACUACGGCUUCCAGAGGCUGCAGAAGGUGAUACCACGACAUCCUGGAGACCCUGAGCGGCUUCCUAAGGAAGUGCUAUUGAAAAGGGCAGCUGACCUGGUGGAGGCUCUGUAUGGGAUGCCACAUAGUAACCAGGAUCUCAUCAUAAAGCGGGCAGCAGACAUUGCAGAAGCACUCUACAGUGUCCCACGCACCCCCUCCCAACUUGGCUCCCUGGCCCCAGGCCAUCCCCACACAGCCAUGAUGGGCAUCAACUCCUUUGGGAGCCAGCUGGCGGUCAACAUUGGAGAUUCCACACAAGGGGCUGAACAAGGUUACUCCCGGAAUACCAGCAGUGUGUCUCCUCGGGGCUACGUGCCUAGCUCCACCCCCCAGCAGAGCAGCUAUAGCAGCAUCACAUCCAGCAUCAACAGCUACGGGGCCACUGGUAUGGCUGGCCUUGGGGUACCCAGCUCCCCCAGCUUCCUCAACGGCUCCACUGCAAAUUCACCCUAUGCUACUCCCCACCCCCACCCCGGAGUCAUGCCCUCCAGCCCUCCGCUGGCUGCAGCUUCCUCCAUCUCCCUCCCGGCUGCUGCCCCCACCACCAGCGUCUUCUCCUUCUCGCCGGUCAACAUGAUCUCUGCCGUCAAGCAGAAGAGCGCCUUCGCCCCCGUGGUGCGCCCGCCUGGUUCCCCGCCCCCUGCCUGCGCCAGCACCAAUGGCAGUGCCCUGCAAGACCCAGCUUUUGAGGACUCGGACAAGUUCCAUUCCCCCCCUGGGGCCCUGCAGGGACUGGCCUACUCCUAAGCACACCAUGUCUGGACUCCUCAUCCCCCCCAUGUGAGGCCCACACAAAGAGAACAACCCAGCUAUUGGAGAUAGACCCUGGGGACAGGCAGGCCGGUGGACUGGGAUGACCUGGAAGAGGAUUUCCUGCUGGCCACGGGAGAGACUCCACCUUCUGUGCUUUGGGACUCUGGGCCCUAUCCCUCCACAGCCCUUUUCUCUUCUCCCCUCCACUCUCAGGACUGGCCACGGGAGGCUUCUUUCUUCACAGCACCAUUUUAACUUGGGUGUGUGUAUGUAUGUAUGUAUGUAUGUAUAUGGGUGUGUAUGGGUGUGUGUACAUAUGUACAUAUGUAUGUGUGUGCGUGUGGUUCUAGGGGGGACUGAUCCCCCCAAACUUUUCCCAUUAUAAGCUUGGGGUGGGAGGGGUUCCCGGGGAAGGUUUGGGGGGGCAGGGGUUCGGGUGAAGGGUCCUGCCCUCUAGAAUGCUCAGGGAAGACGAUCUGGUGUCUAUGGAGCACUGCCUCCCACUCCCUGGGAGGAUUCACCACCCUGCCCUUGCCUGAUGCCUCCAACAUGUCUGGCCUGGACAGCUUUUCCUGGGGAGGGAGUCCUGCUUGCCCAGUUCUGGUUGGGAGGUAAAGACUUGGGGGAGGGAUUGAGCCAAGAGCCACAGGAGAUAGGGGUAGGUACUGGGGAAGACAUGACAUGCCAGGGAAAGGUGGGGUCGGGGAGGUGGUUGGGUGAAGAUCCCAGUUCCCCCACAGGGUGUGGCCUUGAGGCAGGAACAGGAGCAUUAUUGUAGGACCAAUCUGUGUGACUCCAUUUCCCAGGCCUGUAGCCCAACAAGCAUCCUCCUUCUGGCUUGCUUCUCAAGGCCAACCCUACUUCACGCACAAUGCUGGCUUCCUGGCUUCCCCAAUCAGGGACAAAGCCAGGGUUCCAGAUCCUUCCUCCUGAGUUCUGGGAAAGGCCACCAGCAACUCUAGAUCUGUUCCUUUAGGCCCAUGGAACAAGCUCCUAGGAGCUGUGGAGUGACCCACCCGAUUCUGAAACUCUCUUACCAAUGCCCUUUUCCUACCUCCCUGUGCCACCCUCAUCCUUGAGGCUCCCAAAGUACAUCCCCUUGUAGCAGGCUAAGCCUCCAGCCUGGGCCUGCCUUCCUUGCCUUCCUCCCCUUCCCUGCCUCCCUGGGGGUUGCUCUCAUUGUCUCUGUGUCUCCUGUUGUCUCUUCUCUGGGUGGCCCUUCCUUCUCCCCAGCCCACCAGCUCCCCUCAUCUCCCAAGGGCCUGUGCUGCCCUCCCCCAUUCCCUGGCUGGCAGUCCAGAGUCUGGCUUUGGUCAUUUGGUCUGGGAGGGGGUUUGGGAGAAAUGAAACAAUAAAUGGAGAUACUGAUGCCC